GGGCGCCUGCGCGGAGUCGCGGGUCGGUUCGCCCGCGGAGUCCGGAAGGUUUGGAGCUGCUCGGUGCGCUGCUGGGCCUGCGCCAUGCCGGGCAUGGUGCUUUUCGGCCGGCGCUGGGCCAUCGCCAGUGACGACUUGGUUUUCCCUGGGUUCUUCGAGCUGUUCCUGCGAGUGCUGUGGUGGAUUGGCGUUCUGACCUUGUAUGUCAUGCACAGAAGGAAGCUAGACUGUGCUGGAGGAGUUCUUCUCAGCAGUUACUUGAUCGUCCUCAUGGUCCUUCUGGCGGUUGUUAUAUGUACUGUUUCGGCCAUCGUGUGUGUCAGCAUGAAAGGAACCAUUUGUAACCCUGGACCACGGAAGUCGAUGUCUAAGCUGCUGUACAUCCGCUUAGCGCUCUUUUUGCCGGAGAUGGUCUGGGCUUCUCUGGGGGCCGCCUGGGUAACAGAGGGCGUCCAGUGUGACAGGACUGUUGUGAAUGGCAUCGUAGCAACUGUCGUUGUCAGUUGGAUCAUCAUCGCCGCCACGGUGGUCACCAUUAUCAUUGUCUUUGACCCACUGGGGGGGAAAAUGGCCCCAUAUUCCUCGGCUGGUCCCAGUCACCUGGAUAGUAAUGAUUCAAGCCAGUUACUUAAUGGCCUCAAGACAGCAGCUACAAGCGUGUGGGAAACCAGAAUCAAGUUCUUGUGCUGUUGCAUUGGGAAAGACGACCAUACUCGAGUUGCUUUUUCGAGUACGGCAGAGCUUUUCUCAACCUACUUUUCAGACACAGAUCUGGUGCCCAGCGACAUCGCGGCGGGUCUCGCCCUUCUCCACCAGCAACAGGACAAUGUGAGCAACAGCCAGGAGCCUAGUGAGGUGAUCAGCCACUCCCCAGGGGACUCCCAGGAAGCUGAUUUGGAUGUAGAAUUAGAAAAUUGCCAUCAUUAUAUGCAGUUUGCAGCAGCUGCCUAUGGGUGGCCUCUCUACAUUUAUAGAAACCCGUUUACAGGACUGUGCAAGAUUGGAGGUGACUGUUGCAGAAGCAGAACAACAGAAUAUGACUUGGUUGGAGGUGAUCAGCUCAACUGCCAUUUCAGCUCCAUCCUGCAAACGACGAGGCUACAAUACAGAGACUUCAUUCACAUAAGCUUUCAUGACAAGGUGUAUGAGCUGCCCUUCUUGGUGGCGCUGGAUCACAGGAAGGAGGCUGUCGUGGUCGCUGUGAGAGGGACCAUGUCUCUCCAGGACAUCCUCACCGAUCUGUCUGCAGAGAGCGAGAGCCUCCACCUGGAGGCCAAGGUGCAGGACUGUGUGGCACACAAGGUACAGUGGGGUCGCAGGUUCUGUCAGCGCUAAUGGAGUGACAGUCACCACAUGCCAGCUGCCGCGCACAGCAAGUGCUAGUUCUUACUGUUGCGGUCCCCGCACCAGACCUACAGGCGGCAUGUGUAUAUGUGUUUUAGAAACUGGGUCAAAGAGGCGGAGUAACUUACUGAAGCCACAUAGUUAUUGGAGUGUCAGACUGGGCGUGUGAGCCAGAAACGCUGUGGCUUUCCUUCCCUCUUAAUUAAAGUCCACUGUCACGGUGACAAAGCUCUUGUGCAAUACAGAGCAGCAGAGAAAGAGCUCCUGCCACAGAGGCAGGGACGCCUUGGCAGUGCCGCACACCAUCUCACAAGUUCUCUGUGGAUGUGUCAGGAGCCAGGGCCUCCGUUUCUCACUGUGCCAUGGGGUAGGGCACAGGAGCACCACCUGAUGGGACAAAGAAGCCCCCACGCGCGGAGCACAGCCUUAGGUUUUUAAACCAUGCUUACAGUG